AUGGACCUCAUCCCAGACUUUGCCCUGGAAACCUGGGUUCUUCUGGCUACCAGCCUGGUUCUCCUCUAUGUAUAUGACACUCAUUCACAUGGACUUUUCAAGAAGCUGGGAAUUCCUGGGCCUGCACCUCUGCCUAUUGUGGGAAAUGUUUUGUCUUACCGAAAGGGACUUUGGAAAUUUGAUGAAGAAUGUUAUAAAAAGUAUGGGGCAAUGUGGGGGGUGUAUGAUGGUCGAUGGCCUGUUUUGGGUAUCACGGAUCCCGACAUGAUCAAAACAGUGCUAGUGAAAGAAUGUCAUUCUGUCUUCACAAACCGGCGGUCUUUAGGUCCAGUGGGAUUUAUGAAAAGUGCCAUCUCUAUAUCUGAAGAUGAGGAAUGGAAGAGAAUGCGAGCGUUGCUGUCUCCAACCUUCACCAGCGGAAAACUGAAGGAGAUGUUCCCCAUCAUGAGCCGGUAUGCAGAUGUGUUGGUGAGAAACCUGAGGCAGGAAGCAGAGAAAGGCAAGAUUGUCACCUUGAAAGACAUCUUUGGGGCCUACAGCAUGGAUGUGAUCACGGGCACAUCAUUUGGAGUGAACAUUGAUUCCCUCAACAACCCACAAGAUCCCUUUGUGGAAAAGACCAAGAAGCUCUUAAAAGUUGAUUUCUUAGAUCCACUCUUUCUCUCAACAAUACUCUUGCCAUUCCUUACCCCAAUUUUUGAAGCAUUAAAUAUCUCCAUGUUUCCAAGAGAUUCUACAAACUUUUUAAAAAACUCUGUAAAAAGGAUGAAAGAAAGUCGCCUCCAAGAUAAACAAAAGCACCGAGUAGAUUUCCUUCAGCUGAUGAUCGACUCCCAGAAUUCAAAAGAAACUGAGUCCCAUAAAGCUCUGUCUGAUCUGGAGCUUGUGGCCCAGUCAAUUAUCUUCAUUUUUGCUGGCUACGAGACCACUAGCAGUGUUCUUUCCUUCAUUAUGUAUGAACUGGCCACUCACCCUGAUGUCCAGCAGAAACUGCACGAGGAGAUUGAUGCAGCUUUGCCUAAUAAGACACCUGCCACCUAUGACGCCCUGGUACAGAUGGAAUAUCUUGACAUGGUGGUGAAUGAAACUCUCAGAUUAUUCCCCAUUGCUGCAAGACUUGAGAGGGUCUGUAAGAAAGACGUUGAAAUCAAGGGAGUGUUCAUCCCCAAAGGGGUAGUGGUGACAAUACCAACUUAUGCCCUUCACCGAGACUCAAAGUACUGGCCAGAGCCUGAGGAGUUCCGUCCUGAAAGGUUCAGCAAGAAGAACAAGGACAACAUAGAUCCUUACACAUACCUGCCCUUUGGAACCGGGCCCCGAAACUGCAUUGGCAUGAGGUUUGCUCUCAUGAACAUGAAACUUGCUCUCGCCAAAAUACUGCAGAACUUCUCCUUCAAACCCUGUAAAGAAACACAGAUCCCUGUGAAAUUAAGCCCAAGGGGACUUCUUCAACCAGAAAAACCUAUUGUUCUAAAGGUUGAGUCAAGAGAUGGGGCCAUAAGUGGAGCCUGACUUUCCCUAAGGACUUCUGCUUUGUUCUUCUAGAAACAUCUAAGAACACCAGAGACCCCAAUUUACAUUGUUAAUAAAACUCAGGAAUAAAGAAGAGCUUAACCCAGGGCACUUGAUCAAUGA